UCGUUUAUUAGUGUGGAACGUUUCGUUUAUUCUGUGUUUUGUUUAAUAUUUAACGUAUGAAAAAGUGCACGUUGAUUGAAAUACCAUAAGUCGCCGAUCUUCAAGCACAAAUCAAAUGGCCACAACUCUUCUGGGGAAUCAUGUGCGACGAACAAAAGAGUGCCAUGUGCCAUGCGGACGGAGCCAGUGGAGGAGGGCGAGCAGCAUCGCCCGACGGCAAUCUUACUGCUGGCCUCUGUGCUCGUUUGCAAUGCUGCUGCUCGUUUGCUGUGCGACUGCUGCCGCCACGACGGGAUCAGCGGACACGCGGUGCCAUGCAGAUCAAUUCCAGUGCAGGAACGGAGUAUGCAUCUUACAGGCGAAGAUGUGCGACGGACGUAGAGAUUGCACAGACAACUCGGAUGAAUUGGAAUGCGACUACAAGCUGUGUCGGCAGCCGCAUUGGUUCCCGUGUGCUCAGCCACACGGAGCCUGCCUGGCAGCGGAACUAAUAUGCAACGGCGUCGACAAUUGCCUCGGCGGCGACGAUGAGCUCCACUGUCCGCGCCGCCUGGUCAGCUUGGGCAGGCGGAACUGCAGCCAGUACGAGUACAUGUGCCAGGAUCAUAGCUGCAUACCUCUCGACUUUAUGUGCGACGGCAAGACGGACUGUGCCGAUGGCUCCGACGAGACAGCCGGCUGCAAGCAGUCAGCCACCACCUGCACCACCGGCCACCUUUGCGCCAACGGACGCUGCCUGCAACGCAAGCAGUGGGUCUGCGACGGCGUCGAUGAUUGCGGCGAUGGCAGCGAUGAGCGCAACUGUGAGAACUUCUGCCUGCCGUCGAUGGGAAAGUUUAUGUGCCGCAAUCGUGGCAGCUGCCUGCCACUGGCCCAGGUCUGCGAUGGUCAAGCCCACUGCUCGGACGGCAGCGAUGAGAGCGAGGCCUGCAAAUCGAAGCCCGAUUGCGGCGCGAAACAAUGUCCGCCAGGCGCCACCUGCCACAUGAUGCCGACGAGCGGUGCGGAAUGCUUGUGCCCCGAGGGAUUUCGCCUGCUCAAGUUCAAGGAGAAGUGCGAGGAUAUCAAUGAGUGCGAAGAGCGUGAUGAUUUGUGCAGUCAGCGAUGCGAAAACACAUCCGGCGGCUAUCGCUGCACCUGCGACGCCGGCUACGUGCUGGAUACCAGCAACAAUCACACCUGCCACGCCACCAACAGUGUAUCCGGCGAGAGACAGCAAGCACUGCUGCUUUACACCACCCAGGUGGCUGUGAUGGGAAUGCAUCUGAAGCAGCAGCCGCAGGAGCGCAAUCACAUAUUCACUGUGGCGACCAAUCUGACCAAGGUCAUUGGUGUUGCGUACGACGAAGAGCACAUCUACUGGACGAACAUACAGAACGAGGCGGAGAGCAUUGUCCGAGCCCGUUCCGAUGGUUCGAUGGCGGAAAUCUUACUCACCUCGGGACUGGAUGCACCCGAGGAUUUGGCCGUCGAUUGGCUGACGCAUAACAUUUACUUUUCCGAUAAUAUAAUGCGACACAUUGCGGUUUGCUCGAACGAUGGCAUGAGCUGUGUGGUGCUUGUCACCCACGAUGUGCAUCAGCCGCGCGGCCUGGCACUGUGGCCACAGCGUGGCCAAAUGUUCUGGACAGAUUGGGGCGAUAAGCCGAUGAUAGCACGUGCUUCGAUGGACGGCAGUCGAUCCCGGCCGCUGGUCAGCGACAAAAUUCACUGGCCCAAUGGCAUUGCGCUCGACAUGCACGAGGAGCGAAUCUACUGGGUGGACGCCAAGCUGGGCAGUGUGCAAAGCGUGCGACCCGAUGGCAGCUCUCGUCGUACUGUCCUCGAUGGCAUACUGAAGCAUCCGUAUGGCCUGGCCGUGUUCGAGGAUCAGCUGUACUGGUCGGAUUGGGGCACGAAGAGUGUGCACGCCUGCCAUAAGUACUCCGGCAAGCAGCAUCGCAUCCUGGCGCGAGAUCGCACCAUUUACGCCAUCCACGUCUAUCAUCCGGCCAAGCAUCCGCAAGUGGCGCAUUCGUGCGAUUCGGCGCACUGUUCGCAUCUCUGCCUGCUAGCUGAACCGGAGUCGGGCGGCCACACGUGCGCCUGUCCGGAUGGUAUGCAGCUGUCGCCGGAUGGACGACGCUGCCGACAAACUGAAAAGAAGCAACGCUUGUACAUCGGUCUGCGCCAAGUGCUGCUCGAGAUCGAGCACACGUCCUUCGGCCGGCAUGUAGUGAGUGCGACACACCACCUGCACUGCCACAUCAGCGACCUGGUCUACAACAGCGUCAACGGCACAUUGUUCAUCGCCGACAAUCUGCAGCGGGCACUGUUUGAGUAUACGCCGCAGGAGAGCGAGCCGCGGCUGACCGCCUUGAUCUAUCGCAAUCUGGGCAAUGUGAGUGGACUGGCCUUCGAUCAUCUAGCCCACAAUCUGUAUUGGGCGGACAUGGAGCGGAGUGUCAUCGAGCUGCUCUCGCUGCGCACCGGCCAUCGGGCGCUUGUGCACUUCUUUGCCGGCGAUGAGAUACCCAUUGGACUGAGUGUGAUGCCAGCAGACGGUUUCAUGUUUGUCGCACUCAAGGCACGCCGGCACACGCACAUCGAUCGGCUUGCAUUGAGCGGAGCCGGCAGCCAGACGCACGUCUUCGAGGAUGAUUUGGGCGACGAUGAUAUCCGGUUUGUUGUCGACCACGAGACGCAAACGUUGUACUGGUCGGACAGCGAUACGAACCGGAUUAGCUUCAGCAACUAUCGGCAGACGCACGCGCAAUUGUUUCGCGGCAAGUUUCGGCGACCCUAUGCCCUGGCCCUGGUCAAUCAGGAUGUGUUCUGGAGCGAACUGGGCUCAGCAGCCAUCUACUGGACGCACAAGAGCAACAUGGGUGCCAACAAGCGCAUCGAGAUCGAAACGAAUCCCCAUUUGAGUCCGGAUGCUGUUGUUCCGGCUGCUGCCGCAUUUUCCAUCCACAGCACGCUGCCCGUUCGCAUACCGCUGGCGGGCACUGUGCGAGUGUCGUCUGCGACUUCGCCUUCGUCGCAUCCCUGCCAGCAUGCCAAUGGCGGCUGCUCCCAUGUGUGCGUAAGUGCUGGACAGUUUGGCAGCGCCUGCCUCUGCCCAGCCGGCUAUGUCUAUCGCGAUGCCAACAAUCGCAGCUGCACCGAAGCCUUGGACUGUGAGUUCCGUUGCCGAUCCUCGGGCGAGUGCCUGACCAUGGCGCAUCGCUGCAAUGGGCAUCAGGACUGUGCGGACAGCUCCGACGAGUCGGACUGCGGCGAUCCGCACAAGUCCAACACCAAAGUCAAGUGCGGCAUGGCCGAGUUCACCUGCCACGACGGUCAGCAGUGCCUGGAGAAGAGCAAGCGCUGCGACGGACAUAAGGACUGCCAGGAUUACUCCGAUGAGCUGCACUGCUCCCAUUUCGAUAAGACGAAGCUGUGCCACACCCAUCAGCACGCUUGCGACAAUGGCAAGUGUGUGGAUUACAGUCUGGUGUGUGACGGCACCAACGAUUGUGGCGACAAUUCGGAUGAGUUGCGCUGCAAGUCGGCGGCGAGCUGCGAACGUGGCAUGUUCCAGUGCAGCAGCGGAUCGUGCAUUGCCAGCAGCUGGGAGUGCGAUGGCCGCAUCGAUUGCAGCGAUGCCUCCGAUGAGCACAACAAAUGCAACCAGCGACAGUGUCCAGAGAAGAUGCAUCGCUGCCUGCUCGGCCAGUGCCUCGACGAGCGUUUCGUCUGCGACGGUCACAACGAUUGCGGCGAUCUUUCCGACGAGCUCAACUGUGGCAACAGCCCCACUGGCACUGCCGCAGUCAAUAUUAGCUGCGGCACCGUCGACUUGCCGCGAUAUCAGUGCGCCAGCAAUCUGCAGAUGUGCUUGGAUUUGGCGGUGCGCUGCAAUGGCAGCGCUGAGUGUCCGCGCGGCGAGGACGAGGCCGACUGCGGCGAGAUGUGCAGCAUCUAUGAGUUCCAGUGCGGCGACAGCAGCAAGCAAUGCAUACGCCUCGAGUUCCGUUGCGACAAGGAGCGCGACUGUGCCGACGGCAGCGACGAGGAACACUGCGACAAACACAAUGAGACACAGCUCGGCUACAGCCCCUCAGCGGCUGGUGAUCCGGCAAGUGGCAGGCGUGCUUGCAAGCCGCAUCUCUUCGACUGUCACGAUGGCGAGUGCGUGGACAUGUCGCGGGUGUGCAACGGCUUCACCGACUGCACCAAUGGCAACGAUGAGGGACCGCAGUGUGCGAGCGCGUGUCGCAAACAGCUCUGCCAGCACAAUUGCCAGGCGACGCCCGCCGGUGCUGUGUGCACCUGCAACGAGGGCUAUCGGCUGGAUGGUGAUCAUCGCAGCUGCGUGGACAUCGAUGAGUGUGUGGCGAGCGGUGGUGCUGCACAGCCAUGUGCACAACUGUGCGAGAAUAUGCCGGGCAGCUACCAGUGCCAGUGUCAUGCCGAUUUUAUGCUUCGUCAGGAUCGCAGCAGCUGUAAGAGCAUUCAUGGUGGCGCCACACUGCUCUUCAGUAGCUACAACCAGGUGCGAAAUCUGAGCGAACAGCCGGUGAUGCUGUCCGUGGCCUGGUCAGUGAAUGAUUCACGCAUCACUGGCUUCGAUGUGGACAUGCAACGGCAGCUGGGCUACUUUAGCAGCGAGGAGCAGAAUGCCAUCUAUCGCCGGGACAUGGAUGAUCACAGUCGCAUCGCGGCUCUCGCUCUGCGCUCCCCCACCAAAAUGGCUGUCGAGUGGAUGACGGGCAAUGUUUAUGUGAUUAGCGGCAGUGCAGCGCCGCAACAGAUCAGUGUCUGUAGUUUUGAGGCCAAGAUGUGCGGCAUCAUAUUCCAGAUGACGCCACGCUUCAGCCUGAAGGCAUUGGCUGUGGAUGCGCAUAUGGGGCGACUGUUCUAUGCGGCCAUACGCACCGAGAGCUUCGGCCAGCCGACCACCCAGAUCCAUAUGGGGCGACUCGAUGGCAGCCGGCGGGAGUUGCUGUUGCGCAAACAGCGCAGCUAUGUGACAGCCAUCGCAACGGAUCCGCACCAGCAGCAGCUCUACUUUGUGGAUCUGCACAGUCGCACGCUGGAGAUGAUUAGCUACAAGACACGUGGCACUGGCAAGCAACGCUAUCCGAUUGUCCUCAUCCAGAAGAGCAAUGCGCUGCUGCGUCCAACCGGACUAAGCAUCUAUGAGAACCAUGCAUACAUUGUGAAUUUGGGAGCCAAGGAGACAGUGCGCUGCCAGCUGUAUGGCCACCGGAGCUGCAAGGCCAUCAAUUUGAAUGUGCUCAAUGCGCAGGAUAUUGUUGUUGCCGGCUUGUCGCGUCAGCCGAGAGCUGCAACCAAUCCCUGCCAGCACGCCCGCUGCUCUGGCAUGUGCGUCCUGGCCGAUUAUGGGUACGAGUGCAUGUGCGGCAAUGUUGUCGUUCUCGAAUCGCAACCCUGUCCGCUCGGCACCACCAAUGUGCUCGACCUGAGCACGCUACACCCCGGCGGCAGCGAUCAACUAUCGGUGGACAACAGCAGCGGAGCUGGUACCAUUUGGCUGCUGGCCAUGCUCUGUGUGAUUGGCGUGGUUGCCGCCGGCUUUGGGUACAUGUACUAUCAGCAUCGGCAGCGCGGUCAUCGCGAUCUCAACGUUACUAUGCAUUUCCAGAAUCCGCUGGCAAUGCUGGACGGCAAAUCGAUCGCAGAGAUCGACCACCACAGCGAAGACAACAACAGCCCGGGGAUCAGCACGACCAGCACAGCCGGAUACUUCACACCCGACGAAGGGGGAACGAAUCAAUUUGGGAUAUCCAAUAUCCUGCAAACAUUACUGCGUCGCAGGCAAGCGAAAAGCGGCGGCGACUUUACUGCAGAGGUUCCGCUCGAAAACAGAGGAUCGAGCGAAAUACAGUCGCUGGUCGGCGAACGGAGAAAUUGGGGAACGCCGAUCAUCCUGGUAUCAGGGCCUGACGAUGAUGCCGCCGCAGCCGAACGCUACGGGGGAGAUUACCCAAGUGAUGAUGUGCAUGCACGACUUGUACCAUAAGUGAUCAAUCUAAUCCUAAUCUAUGUGCACCUGUUUAACGUUGUAGUUAAUUUUUGUAUUUUGUAUUAAUUAUAUUUUUGCUUUGUCUAUUUAUUUAACAUGUACUUUAGUAAUUUAGGGGCAGCGCCAAGCAAUUGUAAUCGUAAUUAUAAUCAAUCAGUAUCAAAGCACAA